AUCGACUUCGACCAAUAUCUACAGUCUCAGGAAAGACUGCCUCCGGGGCACUCGUCUCCACAGCACCAACCACCAGAGAGAUGGGUCCCCACGAAUUCGGGAGGCGGAUCUAUGGGUAGGACUCUUGAGUUGCAUGCAUUUGCUUUGCUUUCAUCAUGAACAUUCAUCCUAACCAAGGCUCUGCAAAAGGCUCGAUGAUGACUGAGAUUGGCCUCGCCCAGCAACGACUCUUUGACGACGAUGAGGUUCAGAUGGUUGACCCAUCAAGGCAACAUCCCCAUGAACACGGCUACUCGGAAUCGAUCCACGCAGAAACCAUGAUACCCCGACAAUUAGAGGAACAGACCAGCGUUAACCCCACCGGCUAUCCAUACAUCAGCGAUCCAUCAUCGUACAGCGCCAUAGAUAGCAAUAUCAAUUCGGCGCAGGCGGGGCUUUCGCUAUCGUCCAACACACAUCCCAACACCUCCAGCCUCAAUGCUACCCCGCCACCCCAGCAAUACGAAGCACCUCUCUCCGAUCUUUACACUAUGCACACCCACGUCGAAGUGCCAAUACGACCACACCAUCACGAUUUCUCUUCUAUCCCAAGCUUCGAUCCCUCCUCCGCGGCCGCACAAACAUCCUCGUCAUCCUUCAACGUCUUCGAGGCGUCGCUCCCACCUCUUCAGAAUGUGUACCCUGAGGAUACCGACCACCAUCAUCAUAACAACUUCAGCAACUCCGCGGCAACCGUCCCCACCGAAGUAGCACCGACCUCCUCUCCUCGCCGAGUGGCCUCCCUCCAAGCGACUCCUUUCUCUCCGCACGACACUCAACCCUUCUCCCCCGCCCCAUCAGCUGUCAAAGCAAGCCGUUCAAAAUCCGAGAAUCAACACAAGAGCACACCAACGAGCAACCCAACCCCGAACCGGACCGCCAUGUCAACGCCACUGCUCCCUACUCAACUGAGCACGGAUGAGCUGAUUGCUAUUCAAGUGCCAGCUAUGGAAAUCCCCGUGGUGGAAAAGAAACGCGGCCGCAAGAAGAAACAACAGCAGGAGCAGCAGCAGCAGCAGCAGCAGCAGGAAGACGCACCAUCUCUGCCAAAAUCAUAUGCCUCAACCACCUCGAACGUGAUCGUCAUCGACGACGACGCCGAGGAUCACGAAGCAGCCCAGCCCUUUACUACCACCACAGACACCCAAACCCCUUCACAGCCCCCUCCAACCACAACCGAACCCCCCAACACCAACAACAAAGCCGAAAAGCGCAAACCCGGCCGACCGCCCAAGAACCCCAAACCAGCGCCCACCGACCCCUCAGAACCGUUGAAUCAAGAUCCCCCACCGCAACCCACGACAACCGAUCCCUCCCCCAAUCACAACCACAAUCUCACCGAAAACAACAACAACAACAUGCCCGCAGAAUCCCCAAUCUCGCAAACAACCACCCCUACCGUCAAACCCAAAGGACCGAAGAAGAAAAAGCUCAAACGCGGCAAAACCACCUCCAUCACCCUGACAAAGACCUACGAAUCCGACAUCGAACCCGACGUACUCUGGGUCGAGGAAGACACAACAAAGGAGGAAGACGCAAGACCACGUCGGGGCCCUAGCUCCGCGGUCGAACUUCCCCCCUUACCAGCCCAUCAUCAAUCCACAGAGACUAGUUCCGUCCCCAACGCGAGCGAGAAUCUCGAGCUCGUAGCAGCGGCGGCGGCGGCGGCACCAGCAGCACCAGCACCCAAGAAACGCGGCCGCAAGAGAAAGAAUCCCGAGCCCGAGCCCGACACUCCGGCAUUGGGAGAGCAAGAACAGAUCCGUCUCCCUGAGCAGAGUGAUACGGUGGAAAAUCAGCAAGGAUUGGAUGAUGACUCCCUCGACAACCACCUCAACAAUGCUCAUCAGGGUGUUCGAGAAGGGGAGGAGCAAAUGCCACCCCCAAAGCAAGCAGAUCCCACUCCCCAUCCGCAGCCAGACCCGCAGCCCGUCGAAACGGUUCCUGUCACCCCGUUGAAACCGAACAAGGGCCCCGACAAGCACAGUCCCAUCUCGUCGUCGAGUAAGGUGCCCUUCCGGGUCGGGCUGAGUCGGCGGGCGCGGAUUGCCCCAUUGUUGAAAGUGGUUAAGCGGUGAUUUCCCAUUCCCAGUUCUCCGAGCAGAGAACUUAACGGUCGUUGGGAAUCGAAAUAGGAGUCUCUUAUUUACUUUUAUUCUUUCAAUAUACGUAUAUUGUUUGAGGGGAGGAGGGGGCUCCAGACUGUAUAAUCGCGAUCUAAGCAUGAGUCAUGUCUUUUACGGAAUACCCACAAGGGCGCACUUUGCUUUUUACUGUGCUUAUACUUAAUUGUUUCUCGAUUGUUAUAUCUAUGGUGGUUUUCGAC